AUGUCGGAUAUCUGUGGAAAUACACAAUGCCGUAAUUUGGCCGCCAUAUCGUUAUCGACAACAAUUGUCAUCGGUAAUUACGGUCGACUCCACGUCGAGAACAUUCGAUACCCCGCGCCGCCGGUACCAUCUGUAUCGCUGUCUGCCGGCUCACCGCGAACCCGUCACCGCCGCGUCAGUGCGUUGUCGUCCGUUCGUCGCAACUUUUGCUGCGGCAACCCCGGCUCGCGUGUCACGUCCGGGUUUUGCGCGACAGACUAUUUUCACGUGAUCGGUGGUCCUGAAUGUGCUGAGUUACGUAUCGGCCGUGGCGGUUUUGCGUGUUUUCCCUUUGUGGUCUAUCCGUCCGUGUACAGUUCUCCGCGAUCACCGGUGGUACGUUGUACUAAUUGUACGCACCGAAUGCACGCUAAAACGACUUGUUGUCUCGUGAUCGUGUUUGUUUGUAGCCGUCGAUUUUGUGUUGCGUUAUGUGCCGACAACGUGCGGGUCGUGUCGUCUUCCGCGUCUCCAACCGUACAUUUCACGGUGCCUCCCGUGGACCACGGCAAAAUUAAUUGGUUUAACCUGCUCUUCGUGGGCCAUCGUGGGAUUCUCAGUGGCCAGCGUUAG